AUGGCGAAAGCGACGGACGCCAAGGCACUGGCGGCGGCCAUGCGCCAGACGCUCAACUUGCCGUCUACACGCUUUCCCAUGCGCGCGAAUGCCGCUGUGCGGGAGCCGCAGCUUCAUGCGCGCUGUGUAUCGCUCGCCUACGCGAACCAGUCGGUCGAUAAGCCGCUGUUCGUGCUGCACGACGGUCCGCCGUUCGCCAAUGGGAGUUUACAUAUGGGCCACUUUCUGAACAAGAUACUGAAAGACAUGAUAAACCGGUACCAAAUACUGCGAGGCAAGCGCGUGUCUUUCGUCCCUGGAUGGGACUGUCAUGGACUUCCUAUUGAACACAAGGCACUGAAGCAGUUGCAAGUUGAAGCGACCGCGUUAUCCCCGAUCCAAGUGCGUGCGUUGUCUCGACAACUGGCUCGCCAGGCUGUACAGGAACAGCAGAAGGAGUUCGAGCGAUGGGGCGUGCUGGCAGACUGGUCGGGAGCUCAAGACAGUGUCUACUUGACCAUGGCUGCCAGCUACGAAGUGCGGCAGUACGACGUACUGAAGAAGAUGGUGGAGGACGGACUUAUCUACCGGGGCUUCAAGCCCGUACAUUGGUCCCCGAGCUCCCGCACGGCACUGGCUGAGGCAGAGCUGGAGUACCAUGACGACCAUGUGUCUCAAGCUGCAUAUGUCAAGUUCCGCUUUGCUUCAAUGGGUACAAAUACAAGCAAAGAAUUGGCGAGAGCGAUUGACAAGUACAAGCGGGACUUGGCAGCAGUGGUUUGGACCACGACGCCGUGGACGAUCCCGUCUAAUCAGGCUUUGUGUGUCAAUGCCGAGCUCGAGUACGUGAUCGUACGUCCUUGUCAUGCGGACUCAAGAGAGUGCUAUUUGAUUGCAAGUGCAUUGCAGGAGAGUUUUGCAUUGAUGUUGAAGGGAGGCACUGAGGUGGAAGUGGAGCUGGAAGUACUGGAGACAAUCAGAGGCGCCAGUUUAGAAGGUGCGCGCUUUACGCAUCCGUUGGUAAAUCGUGAGGUGGGAGUCCUAGUGGGAGGGCAUGUGACGACCGAUGCUGGUACCGGUGUAGUGCACACAGCGCCGGGACAUGGUCAAGACGAUUAUCAUGUGUGGAUGGCACACCAUUCGACACCUGGUGAACAUCCGGACAUUCUUUGUCCGGUAGAUGCUGACGGUUGCUUUACCGCUGCAGCUGGACAAGGGCUUAAGGGACUCUGUGUGUUGAACGAGGGCAACGCUGCAGUUAUCGACAUGCUCAAGAACUCGGGGCACUUGCUUUCUGUCAGCGAAUACCGUCAUCGGUACCCUUGCGAUUGGCGUACCAAGAAGCCAGUCAUCUUCCGUGCUACAGCUCAGUGGUUUGCUCGCCUGGAUGCACUUCACGCACGUGGUAAAGAAGUACUGCAGAGCUCGGUCCAAAUGGUACCGCCCUCCGCACGACGACGUCUGGAAGCAACGCUGUCAAGUCGUCACGAGUGGUGCAUCUCUCGCCAGCGCGCAUGGGGACUGCCGAUCCCAGUGUUUUACCACAAGGUUACGGGGGAACCGCUAAUUACAACGGAAACUAUUGAACAUCUUCAACGCAUUGUCAAGACGUACGUUGUGAAGGGAGAGAACGGUGAAGUUGAGCGCGAGGGAGCUGACUGUUGGUGGGAUCUAUCUGUUGGCGAGCUGCUGCCAGACUCGCUCCACGAUCAAGCGGAUUAUUACGAAAAAGGCACUGACACUUUGGACGUGUGGUUCGAUAGUGGCAGUAGUUGGCAUGCAGUGUUGCCAUCCUUGUAUGAGCCGAACAAUGAUGAACCACUUUGUGCCGACGUGUAUCUCGAAGGUUCCGACCAACACAGAGGUUGGUUUCAGUCGUCGCUACUCACGUCACUUGCGAUGCAGGGAACGGCUCCGUACAAGAACGUCAUCACUCAUGGCUUCGCUCUGGAUGAGCGGGGCAGUAAAAUGUCCAAGUCACUGGGCAAUACAAUCGUGCCCAACGAUUUUAUCAAUGGCUGUACUAUGCCAGUGCCCGUCGCUGGCAAGGGAUUCAACAAGAAGGCGAACCCGGAAAACGAGAGCAACAAAUCGCAUAGGGCCAUGCAAGUGAAGCAGACAAAGGUACCUGCAUACGGUGUUGACGUACUUCGCUUCUGGGUGGCCACCACUGACUUUACUGGCGACGUGAGCAUCGGUCCUGCAGUCGUUGGUAAGGCAAGUGACGCGCUGCGUAAGGUGCGCAACACGGCUCGAUUUUUGCUUGGUAAUUUACAGGAUUUCGAUCCCGCGUUGCACGCUGUCCCGCACGAUAAAAUGCAGUCAUCGCUGGAUCGGUACAUGCUGCAUGAGCUCAACUCGCUGGCUCUAUCAGUGAGCGCAGCAUACGAUGCGUAUGCAUUCAAUCGUGCCCAGCACGCCCUCUCGCACUUCAUCUCGACGGAUCUGUCGGCUUUCUACAUGGAAGCCGCCAAGGACCGCCUGUACUGCGACGCAGCCAACUCCCAGACUCGACGCUCUGCUCAGACCGUAUUGUGGCUCUCCUUGCAAGCGCUUACCCGUGCUCUUGCACCCGUGGCGCCACACACAGCUGAAGAUAUCCGCCUUCAUUGGCUCUCAAGGCUGCAAGGCGAUAUUCCACUAGAAGACGUGGUCGGCAGUGUGUUUCUGGAUGAAGGCUGGAUGCCGAAUGCCGACGAGUGGAAGAACAACGAAUUGUCGCGGGACUGGACUGCGAUCCGUCAGCUGCGCUUUGAAGUGAAUCGAGUGGUGGAGCGGAUGCGCCAAGCAGGUCGAGUUGGCAGUCAGCUCCAGUGCAACGUCUACAUUGUCGCGUCUGAGUCCGAUCCACGUCUUGCAGCACUGCUGUCUCCGCUCGAGAGCAGCUCCUCCGAGCUCGAGGAUGUGUUUUUGUGCUCUAGCGUGAGAGUUGUGGACUCGGAAGCUGCGAUCAAGAGUGCAGAGCAGUUCGAGGCGACUUGUCAAUUGGCGAUGGUCUCGAGCGAUGCCCCGAUCGACGUGAAGCUGGUGCUGACCCCGGCCGAGGGGCACAAGUGUCCGCGGUGCUGGAAAUACGCACCUGAAGUGGAUAUUGAGGGGACGCAAUUGUGUCUGCGAUGCGCCAAGGUCACGGACCUCCGCAGCAUCACUGAUCUGGCCAAGGCACUGAUCGACGAGAGGUAG